UCAUUUGCAUAACAUAGUUGUGGAAACAGUCAACAUGGACGUCGAUUGUGUCAAUUUGGACAGUAUUAGGUGACUUGUUUUCAAUAUUAUUUGUGAGAUAUCUUCAUAUUGACAUUUUUAAUAGACUGAUCCUGAAGAUAUUGAAAUGUGCAACAUGAUCGUGGAGAAAUAUUCGCAAAACAGUGUCACUAUAAGGAGUCUACAAUGUUGACAGAUACAGCAAGAGGAUAUUAUUCUAAUAAUAAAUACCAGAUCCUAGAACAAGAGCAGUUAACUCGGAUGAAAGAUGUGGGAUCUGAGCAUGCCAAGCAGAUUGCUGCCAGGGACAGAGCCAAAAAGCUCUCGGUCGAAACUAAUAGAAGACGCAAAGCUCUUGAAACCAAAAAGAAGCUAGAGGCACAGAGAGAGGCUAAGAGACGACAAGAAGUACUUGAUGAAAGGCGUCAGAGACAAAGGGAAGCUACUAAUAGAUAUCAGAGACAAAACAAAGGCUCAGCUCGAAGGCAUCAUGACUUUCAUCAUACAGCCCCUGCAUAUCCAGGUGCUCCCCUGCAUGACAAUGUUCACAUUGCCAGAGGUUAUCGCAUGGAAUCGCCCCAAAGUCAUGGGAGUGGAACGCCUUCACUAGAUGAUGUUCUUCAGAUGGUUGGUGUGCCCACAUCAUUGUCCCUCAAAUAUGGGCAAGGUUAUUCCACCUACCAACACAAUGGAACAGUCCCAGCGUCCACAUACCCUACGACAUCCAAUUACAGUGGAGCUUAUGUAGACAGUAAUGCCAACAUUGCUUCUGGGAGUGAGGCUAGAGGGUAUGCAAAACCAACACAAUCUGCACUCCAAUCUGUUGCAAAGCAAGGAAGGACAGAUUCACGGACCAGUUUGAUUGAACAAGAGAUUGCAGAGCAGCAACAGAAGCUGAUUGAGCAACAGCAGAGGACGUUACAGGAGUUCAGUCAAGCCAUUCAACAUGAAGCGAGUAAAGCGGGUAGUGAAAGUGGUCUUCACCGGAGUGAAAGCUUGUCAAGUGUUGAUAGUCUUGAAGAACAUCGUAGAGAAAGAGAAGAUUUGACCCAGAACUAUGGGACCAAACACCAGAGGGCUCAUGCAACUUCAAGUUAUGAAAAUAUCAAUGGUGUGCACGUUUCCAAUGGCCCUGGGGUUGGGCAGAAUUCUGAAGUGAAGAAAGAUCUCAGUAACUACAGUUUAUAUCACAAUAAUGUUUUGAUGAGAGGUAGCAAUGAUAAACAGACUCAAGGUGGCCAAGAGACUAAGCAGUCAACUAGAACUACUUUGAAUAUCAAGAAUGAUUCGGUUUAUGAUGGCAUUCAGCCUAAAGGGGUUGCUUUUAAUGGAAUCACACAAACAGCCACUGCUUCUGCACACAACGCCACCAAUGGUACACUGAAUGGUACUGCAGUUAGGUCACAGAAUGGUAAAACUGAAAAGACCACUACUGGUAAUGGAACUUAUCAAGAGAAAAAUGGUACAGCUCAUGCUUGGUCGAAUUCCAAAGCCAGUAAACCCCCUAUUCAGCAACAUGUCAGUGCACCAACAGCAAGCACUAGUCAAAGAUCUAGGCCAUAUUCAGCAAGGACCACAGCAACCGUAGUUACUGUUGCUCCAGCUGUAUCAUAUCCAGCAAGAACUCAAGAAGCUGAGCAGUCAAAUGCUUCCGCUAGAGGAACUGAUGCCUAUGGAGGAAUGAGUUCUGUGAUGCCAUAUCCCCCUCAAGAUAAAAGGUUUGAGGAAACUCCUCAACAAACAAUUGCACGUGAGGACAUCACACUAGAAGAGGAGGAAGAGCCAGAAGUUGUGUCACCUCCUAAGAGUAUCUUAAAACGGCACAAGAGUGAGACCCCUACCAAAGAUCGUAAAGCAAAAGGACUGGCAGCUGCAAUCAUGAAGGACAGCCUUGAUAUUGGCAAACAGAGCGGAAUCAAAUCCCCAAAGAAAGGUGUUCGUUGGACAGAUUUGACCUACAGCGAUGAUGAGAGCGUAGAGACACAGGCAGCAGCUGAAAAUGCGACACCUGUUCGCAAACCAAGGAUCAUAUCAAGUGUUGAUGCAAGGACUGUACAAGAGAGGUUAGGUGGUAAGACGGACAGUGUUGUUUCAGGCAUUCCACCAAGACCGAAGUCUGGAAAUGCUAAUGGCUCAAAAGGAAAAAGCAUGCAAUUGAAAAAUAAUCGCUUCCCAACUGGUACUGAAAGUAAACAGAAUGUUGUUGAUAAUGAUAGGGCUGCUGCAGGGAAAGCACCUGUCAUUCAGAAUGGAGUAAGAUUAGACAAGACGCCCACGGAUGAUGAAAUCAAUUGGUUAUGGGAUAAGGUUAGGACAUGCUUGAAUACACGAGAAGAUGGGACAGACCAGAAGAAUGGGCAUGUUCCACAGACACCUAACACAAGGCAGUCAUCCAGUACAAACCCACACCAAGAUCAGAGGAUAACAGCAAAUCUUCGAGUGGCCCCACCAUCCAACAAUCCACGGUUCAGCCAGUACAAUGAUACACUCAGAAGACAGGUCAUAGUCCCUCGUUACAGGACUAACAGUGAUUCUGGAACCCAUGUCCAGCAGACGCCUGUAUCUCAGCAACGGCGCCCUCAUGUGAGGAGUUCCAGUGCAUCUAGGACUAAUGGACAGCGUGGACCAGAGCCUAGCCAACAAGGACCAGGAAGAUCUGCUACUGUGGCUCAGCAAUAUAGUACACCAGGCAUGACGGAUAGUCUUAUGGCCUUCCAACAAGCUGAACAGAUGGUACAGCAGAAUGCUGAUGAAGCUGAUGUAGCAGAAGUGAUAGAUCAGCAGAGAUUACAUCACCAAGGUCAUCAAGAUCACAAAGCCAAUCCAAGUGCACUCUCUAUUGAGGAGGCCAAGGUGUUAGAGUCAUUAGAUCGACUGAAUGCAAGACUCAAAACUGUGACAGCUGACAUGAAUGGAUCUUUUAGUCCCAUAUAUCCAGUAAUGCCACCUAGACCUCCGCAACAUAAAUCCCCAAAUGAAGUCGUAGAUGAUGAGAAUUCUGCAGGGUUCAGGGGUCAUCGUCCUAUGAGUUCACGACCGGGGGCUAACGGUGUAACGAGACCAAGUUAUCGGACAAGGGCACAGUCAGCAGACAGGAGCAACGGUAGAAUGGGACAUCACAGAUGAGUUGGGACUUCCUCAGAGGAGAGAAGUUCUGCCCAGGUGGAUGUCUGAAAAAAAUCAUACUUCUUCUGCUUUCAUAGCUGUGUAGGACAUCACAGAUGAGCUUGAGACACACUGAGAGAAGGGUAGUUCUGCCUAUGGCAGAUGUGUGAAUGAGUAAUUUUUACUUCUCAGACAAGGUUGAAACAAAAAGCUCUUCUCAUUGUAGAUGUCAGUACAUGCUCCUAUGUAGAGUAGCCUCCAAAAACUUCCUACAGGAACAUAAGUAUGGCUUGUGUUGCUCCUAAAGCUCCUUCUCCUACAUCAAAGAGCUGUUGCUGCUCCUGCACCAGUGGUGCAGUGGUCCCUGAUAGACUUCUCUACAUUCAUCUAGAUCAUCAACUUACCGCUUAAAAUCAGGGAGAUGGGGAUGUUGUAGGAAAGUUGUUUGAAAUCAAUUUCAAAUCUCAUUUGAAUUGUGAAAUUUGUGUUAUUGAUGGAUUGAUUUGGACUGUAGAAAAUCAGUUUAUCCUUUCUGUUGCAAGAAACAGAUUGGUAAUUGCAAAUGACUUCACACACUUGUGAUUGAUUUUGAGAUUGACUUUUCAUGCGACACUUCUCUCCAAGGGAAGCUUGUCAACAAAGAGAGUAAAGCCUUGUACAGUCAUUGUAGCACUCUGUUUCACUCUGACCCUGACUCUCAUCCAUAACAUUGAAAUCAUGUGACUAGUCAUAUGACUAAUGAAGCCUAAAAUGCACCUUGAGGAGACCCUAUGUCCAUUCCUUUCCUGCUUGGCUUGUAAAGCUUUUAUUGUGUGUGUGAUCUUUUGUAAAGAUAGCCAAUAGCUGCUAUGCACUGUAUCUUCAUUUCAAAAUCACAAAAAAAUAGAAUUAGGAUGCUGGUUUCGCCAUCCAUUGCAAAUUUGCCUUACAAAAGUUUACUGUUGCAAAUCAUGAAACCUUUAUAAUGUCUGUGGUAGUGCCUUUGUAGUGUGUGCAAAUGAUACUGGUCAUUCCGUGUCUACUAAAAUAUACAUACUUUUAUUAAGAACAUAGGAAUGUUUUUUGAAGAGUUCAUUCAUUAAGUUGUAGGUACAAGUUGCCUUACCCACCACAGGAAUAUGACCUGUCAUAUGUUUUUUUUCUAUGAUGUUUAGAAUGAUGCAAUGUUCCAAUGAAUGAAAUCAUUUACAGUCAAAUUUCAGUUCACACUUACAUGUACUUGUCUGAACAUCUUUUGAUACAUAAUCUUCUUGUCAUUUGUAACUUUAUGAAACACCUUUUAGGAGUUACAUGAAGCUGUUGUUGUUCAUUUGAUCUCAUUGUGUUAUAAAAUCUUGUGCCUUUUUAAUGCAGAAAGGCAUUUACUUUGCCUUUUUUUGUUACCUUAAACACACAAUUUUAAUAGGAGAUACAUAUAGUUUUAUUGAUAGCUUUAUGUACAGCUAAAAAGUUUUGUUGGAUAGGUGUCUUGCAUUAAAUACUGUUGCAAGUUUUGACCAAUGAGAAACUGGAAAUAUUUCAAUAAUAUAGAGAGGCCUUGAUAGAUAAAUAUAGUAUCGUCCAUAUGAGAACACACAGUCAUCUCACCAACAUUUGUCAUUUAACAAUUUUCCUUGGUUCCUAAUUGGCUGAGAAGCACAAUUGUAUGACCGUUACUAAGGUAAUUGUAGGGUAAUGACAAUUUUUAUGAAGCAGCUCCCAUAUCUCCCAAAGCUAAUAUAGUGAUAUGAUAUGAAUCAAGCCAAUGUAAAUGUAUUAAGGUAAUAUUUUGGAAAGGCAAAUCAAUUUUAUUCUUUGAUAUCUCAAAGCAAAGGUGUUUCUUGUUUAAUAAUUCGCUGGUUGAUCUCAUCUUCAUUCAAUAUGCAGUGUUUAUAAGCUGUAGUUACAUGUAGCUACAUUAAUGAACUAGGAUUCAUUUAGCACUGUGCACACUACAAUAGAAGUUUAAUUUCAUUGCCUUUUUGCAUUGAAAAAAUACCGAGUAAGCAAAGUCUUCUGACAAAUAAAAAAGUUAACAAAAUGGUAGACCCUUUUCGUUAUCCUUAGGCAGCAUAUUCAAGUAUGGACAAUUUUGUUUGUGUGUGUUUCAUUUUUGUCAACUCCUGCCAAAUGAGAGUAGCUUAUGCUUUAAUAAGUUUUCUACAUUAAUAUUGCUAAGAAUUAUGUUUGAAGUGAACUGACCAGUAGUAGUUUUAUUUCCAGUUAUUACUAAAUCUAAUUAUAUAUUAUACUUUGCAUUGACAAUCUAAACAUAAGAUUAUUAGAUUAUUAGUAGAUGACAUGUACAUUUAAUUUAGAAAAAUAAAUGUUGCAGUUUGCUGAGCGACGAUGCAAAGUUUUGCCAAUAAGUCAUAAAAGCUAAAUGAAUUUAUGUGAUGAUAUGAUUAUAGAUGAAAGAUUACUUCAUUUCUGAAAUGUUAAUGUACUAUUGAUUUGAUUUCCCAAUUAUUACUUUUCAUUUGCUGUAAGUGAAUGCACUGCUUAUCUGAAUGAUAAAAAAUGCCAGAAGUUCCUAAUAUGCCCUUGAUUUACGAACUUAUGAACAUAACAUAUAGAUUAACUUUUUCCAUAAUCUCAUUUUGUGAACAGUAAAUGUAUUUUAUUCCUUACACAUGUAUAGCUAUUGAUAAGAAUAACAUGAUUAUAUAUAAUUGUAUUCACCUUGCAAUUCUUUUCCGUCCACUUUAAAAUGAAUUUUCUCAUCUUUAUUUUAAUUAAUGUUCAAAGUAAUUUAUAGUUUUAAUUGGUGGUUAUGGCUCCCUGUAUUUAAUGACUCUAUAUCUAUUUGAUUUGAAUUGAAGGUUUUAUUAUCAUUUCAUCGCAGCCAGUGGCUGAAUUGAGAAAGAUUUACAAAGUAAAAACAUAAUAUAUAAACAUAAACAGUGAAAUACAACAGUGAAAGUUAACAAAUAUUUUUUGAAAGAAAUGUCCAAUAACCAAUUAAUAUUCUAGUAAACUUUGGAGACAUGAUAAACCCAUGUGUAUAAACUUACUAUUAUAGAGUUUUACUUGAAGUUGAAUUUGUUGGUAUAUGAAUAGUGUUUUAAGAAAUAAAUAGCAAAAAUUUGAAUAUCGUGUAGAAAGUUAUGGAAAAAUUGCAGAAAUAAAGGUUUCACGGAGUGCAUAAUUGAGUAGCCUAGUAUUAUCGGAAAAUUCUAGUAAUUUAACAAAUCUAUUCCUGGGAUUGAAGUUAUAAUAGUUGAUUCAAUUAGCUUUUAUAAUGCCAAGAAUUCCAUUAUUGUAUCCUUUAUAUGAAUUAUAAUAAGAAACUUAAUGUUUUUAUUCUUAAGGGGUAGAUGGUAUUAUAUGAUUGCUUUUGGUAUCACAGUGGUCUGUGUAUUAUUAAGAAGUUUACACAUGUAUAUAAUGUGAAUGGGUGAGACAUUUAAAUGAACAGCUUAUCUUCUGAGCAUCAUGUACCCAACAUAUUGUAUUCUAUUCAAUUGGUCUACUAGCAGUUGGUCUACUACUCAGAUAGUCUAAUACCACAUCAGCUAAACCCUUUACUGAUUGGGCCAACUAUUGUUUGGUCUAAUACCCACUAAGUCUAAUCGUCAUUUAGUCUAAUUGCCCAGAUUCCCACUUCGUCUACUAUUACUCUGAGGGCGUCGUGGUCUUGUGGUUACGACUCUUGUCUUUCAAUCAGAGGGUCGCGACUUCGAAUUUAGAAUCCCAUCCAUGGCAUGUCUUCAGCAAGAAAUUUACCCACAUUGUUCUGCUCUCAACCUGGUAGGAUUUAUUAGCUCGGCUACAGCCGGGUUAUAAUAUGAUACCAAGUAUCAAGCGCAGUAGAGUAUAUGCAAAUAUAGUAGCUGCGCUAUAUAUAUGAAUGGACCAUAUUAUUAUCAUAACUCUGCACUGUCAAAUGACAAUGUAGCUCAUUAAACAGUUCAUCUAUUUCAUUUAGACUACAUGUAAGUGGUGUGAGACCAAGUGGAUAUUAUACAAAAUGGGUAUAGCCUAGAUAGAAAUUAGACAAGAUGGUAAAUGGGUAAAAUGAUAAUUAGACAAAUAGUAUAAAAUGAAGUAAAGAAUAGAUGAUGUGGGAUGAGACCAAACAGAAAAUCAAAGAGAUUGUAGACUAAAUGGUAUUUUACUGGUACCAUAAUCAUGUAUUCCUUCUAUAACAGAACACCAUGAGCAUUCCAUAAUACAUUUUUUAGAUGAUAUACGUUUAAGUACUUUACCAGUAAUGUGGAAUUCGUAUUCAAUCGAUACUUCAGCCAGAAUUUUAAGUAUUUUACUCAGUAUUUUGCGUAAGUAAAAUACUUAUCCAUCUUUGAUAUUCAAUUGCAUUUUUGGCUAAGUAUUUUGCUUAAAUCUAAGUCAGCCACCUAUCAGACUUUGGUCUGGCUUGCAUGCAGUUUACAAACAUGAAAUGCGUAGCCAUACAUUCAUGUAUUGCGUGUUAUUUGGCUCAAAAUUUACGAUGUCACAAUGAUUUUAAAUAAGUAUUUCGCUUAAAUUUGGCUUGAUAAAGUGAAAUACUUAAUGUGAUCUGAAUACAAGUUUUAGCUUGUUGCUUUAAUAGCCAAGUAAAAUGCUAAGUAAAAUACUUACAAAAUCAAUACUUUAAAUUGAAUACCAGCCCUGGCCAAAUGCUGUUUCUCUGGAUACAUCCAUAUUCUGUGAAGUAAUAUGAUACUAUAUCAUACUUCCAUCUUUAACACCUAUGAAGUCAACAAAACUGCUUAUGUAAUGUAUUCAAUCUAGUUUAAGGAGUUAUAGAAUAUAAUUCAAGCUAUAAAUGUAUUCAUAUUUAUUGUACUGUGUCACAUACUAGUAGCUUGUACUGGCCCAGUUAUGAAUAAAAUAUUCAAAAAAACAUUGGUACAUGCAACUUGAUUUGAUAGUCUGCCAGGCAAAGAAUUUUUUUCUGGACAGGGACAUUUUUUUGAUCCAUUUACUGAUGUCAUUUAUGAAAAUUUGGUAUUGAACUCAAUAACAAUUUACCUUUAUGAAAUUAAGGUGUGGUUGCUGUUUUUUUUUAAUGUCUUGUUUCAUAUUUAAACCUUACAUGUAUGUAGCCCCUGUGCCUGAAAGGCAUUAUGAUUUGUGAGGUAGCUUGUGCAAUUUGUUACCAGUGAUAUUCUUGUGAUUUUUAAUUGUAAAAGAAGAAGAAAAAAGGGGGAUAAUAUAUUUGUAAAUCUCCAAAUCUGCACAAAAUAUCAAUAUGAUAAUUCACAACGGAUUCCUGCAUAAGUAAUGAAGUGCAUAUCUUCUGUGAGAUGUUGUUUGGAAAUUAUUGUAGGACUUGGUUUCAUACAACAUAAGAAGUGAUAGACAUGUAAAUUAAUAUAUUUUAUGGAGUGUAAUAAAUGAAUUGCCUUGUGUUAUACCACUUUAUUUGAUAUUGUAGAUAGCAGACUCUAUAUAGAACAUUAAAUUAUGGCUGACUGGCUCUGAUGUAUUAGAAA